GUAGACUUACCCAAUGACGUUUAUCACGAACCCACGUGUUGCAAUGUUAUUAUAUUGGUUCAUCAGUUCUACUCCUAGAUUAUAUUCAUAUUGUUAAUUGAGUAUUUCUUCUGUUGUGUAGAGUCGUAAGCAUAUUUUACCAUGGCUGUUCAAAAAGACACUCUUACAUACUACGACAGAGUAAUAGUAACACUCCAGGCUGGAUUUCCCAGUGAUGAAGAAAAGGAAAUCUUCUUGAACAAUGUAUUAGAACAGUUCUCCCAAGAAGCCGAAAAUGUUUGUAAAAAUUUUUCAAUUUGUAUUUGUCUGGAAGAACUUUUAAAGCAUUGCUCAACUAAACACCUAUCUUUAUUUAUGUCAUAUUUGACAGAUUCAUGGUCAGGUCUUGUUCAACAUAGUGUAGCUAGUCACUUGAUACAGCAACUUCUCAUAAGAUUGCCUGAUAUUCUCAGUCAAGAAGACAGCGUAACAGCAUGUAGUGAUUCGGAAGACCAAUCAGAUAAUGAAAUGACUGUCACCACAAAAAUAAGUAAACAUUUUCAAAGUUUACAAAAAUUCUUUAUUAAGAACAUGAAAACCUGUUUUGAUAAUACACAUUCUUGUCAGGUUUUAAGAACACUUUUAGAACUGAUGGGUGGUAUGGAUAAGUUUCACUGUGUUGAACGACGAUUGCAGCAUAAAAAAGGAAAAGGAAAAUUCAAAAGAGAAUUACCAGUGAAAGCAGUUAGUAUUGAGGUUCCACUGGCAGUGAGAAAUAAGUUAAAAAGAAUGUACAAAGAAGUCACAUGUUCUAUUACCAAAAAAAUUUACAAACAGUUUAAAGACAUGAGUUAUAUAUCCAAUGAUAUCAAUUUGCUCAUUCAGACAGCUUUGAGAAUAGAGCAUGAACUAGAUCCUAUAUUAUGUAACAAACAUUGUAGAAAAAUUGCUAUUGUUCUUGGAUUAAAUGAAGAAAUUGAAGAAGGUGUGUUGCCAUCAAUGGUGGAAAAUUCUGAUCAACAGUUUUUAUUUGAGACGAUAAUCCAGUGUUCUAGUGAAGAUCUGUCAGCAGAAAUUUACACCAAAUUAUUUAAAGGAAGAUUAGUCAAGUAUGCUUUACAUAAACGUGCUAAUUAUAGCUUAAAAGCUAUGAUGAAUAAUAUCAAAGAAGAUCAGUUUUUAGACCUGUAUGAUGAAAUAGAGUUAGACUUAGAAAACAUUAUUUUUGGUAACCCUGACUUUAAUAUAGCCGAUUUACUAGCAGGGGGCUGUUUACAUUAUCGUUGUAAUCAGUCAAGAUUCAUUAAGCAGUUGAUGAAUGUGAUGCAUUGUUCUAUACCUGAAGAAAGAAAAAUGAUGCUGGUUCCACUUAUAGUUAAAUGGAAACAAUAUGAGGAAUUUUUUGAUAUUCAGAAGGAAGAGGAUGCAUCAGAGAGAAUAUGUAUAGAUACAGUACCUUUGGAAAAUGUAUCGAGAACAGGAUCAUUUCUUCUACAAAAACUAUUGAAAUUUGGCAGUAAUAAAUUGAUUGUAGAUAGUAUGAUGUCUUUAGAAACGGAUGAUUUGUGUUUUCUAGCCACUAAUAAACUAGGUGGUUUCAUUAUACAAGCCUUCUGUGAGAGCUCCAAUAUACCUCAGAAAGCCCACGAUGCAUUUUGUGAUAAGUUUAAGGGAAGUCUGGUCAAAAUAGCAUGUGAUCAGUGGGGUAGUAGAGCUAUAGAAGAUAUGUAUAAGUGUUCAUCAAGUGUGCAAAAGACAGUUAUGGCAGAAGAACUAUCUUAUUUUCAUAGAAAAUUACAGAAUGAUCUUUAUGGUCAUUUUGUAUGCCGUAAAUUGGCCCUGUAUCAUUUUCUGCAUCGCCGUGACGACUGGAAUGCCAUUCAGAAAUCAGCAGUCCAAAAGAGGAAACUAUUCAAAGAUAUUCUAGGUGACAAAGGUCUAAAGAAAAAAAAGGAAAAGUAAUGAAAACAUAUAAAGAGAUGGAAAGAAGCUAUGAUUAUUUACAUAUAUAUAUUUAAGACUGUCAUUAGUCUGUUUGGGGUUGGCGGCUACCCCAAGACUAAAAUUUGGGGUAUAAGGGAUAUGUAGGCAUAGUGAUGUUGCGCUACUACUUCCAGAGUUAUAUUACUAAAUAUUUGAGAACUGCUGUGGCUGAGUGAGUAAGAUGCUGGCUGGCUCACUGACCUGGAGGUACCGUGUUCGAUCCUAGUGUUUGUUGAGAAAGUUCAUCAGGACUUUCCGGCAUGGUUCCCCAUUGUGUGUGGUGCUGCAGAAUGAAGGGUCUGGCAAGGGACAACAUACAGUUGUUUGGGGGGGACAAUUCUCUUCCAAUGUUGGCCAAGAAAUUUCCUCUUAAUUUUCCGGCCUGUGAUAAGAGAAUGAGGUCCUGUGUACAAAUUGGAAUACACUUAAAAGAAACCUUGACACUUGACAGUUGUAAUCUGAAAUAAAAUUAGACUAUAGUGCUGGUGUCUGGGCAAAAUUUCCCUCAUAGCACACUGUGUGUCAUGACUCAUAUGCCUGUCUUCAUUAGCCCAGUUGGUGCAGAACAGUAGGAUGUUACACCCAAUUUCAUAUACUAAUACUUUUAUUUAUUUAUAGAAAAAGGAAAAGUUAAACUUAAAAAUAUUAAUAAUACACUUACAUUGUAGAUAGUUGUUUGUAGAAUAUGUAAAAUACAUUUGAACAAGUCUUCUAUUCUGGUUAGACAUUCAUUAUAUCUGAAGUCAAAAGUGAUGAAUAUAUUUGCUCACAUGAAUUUUUGUAUCAAGUAGGAGUGAUACAUACAAACGCAGUCACUUGUGACUUAACAUGUCUGUAAUUUAAAUCAUUUAAAUGGUGUGCAUGGGGCUUUACUCGUAGGAGAAAACCUGAAGAAAACCCGCAAUCACAGCAUGUAUAAACAGGGAAUAUAUAUCUCAUAACUUUGCACAGAUGCCAUUUAAUCAUCUUUAAAUUCAGUAUUUAUAAAUUUAUACAUAGUUUUGUUUAAAUAGUUUGACCCAAGUGCCUCAUUUAGCCAGAGCUGACCACAAUUUAUAUUAAUAUGUUCCAAUUAAUUGUUAUUUCAAUUAUAAUUUAAUCAAUACUUGCCCAUUAAGAAAAA